UGAAAUUGUACUUUAGUUUCAUGGCAAUGAAUCUGGAAGAUACUUUGAACAAGUUCAACCGCGAACUAAUCAACUUCGACCAACACCGACAGAAAUACACCGAGCACUACGGCGAGCUGCGGAACAAGCUCUACUCCCUGUGGAAGGCAGAACUGGGCAAGCUGCUCAAGGGAUCCACCCUGGGAGGAAGCUAUGGCGACAAUCUGAAGGUGUCCAUGCCGGACGAGUUCGACUUGGUGAUUCAUUUGGUGUUCCCCCAGAAUGACAAAAUCAUUGUGAGGCCGGAUCGCAGUCGCCCAGGGAACGUGACUCUCGAUAUGACUCAGGUGAUGGAGGCCAUCAGCGAUAAGAAAAGUCUUAUCUACAGGCAGCUCCAGAAGCUGGUCAACGAAAAAAGCUUGCUCCUAGAGGACAGGCUACAGAACUGGCUGCAGAGCCUAAUGACUCAGGCGCUGAACAAGAUGGAUAACAAGAUCGAGGUGAAAAAGUCGAUCUCCACGUUGAAGUACAAGAAGUCAGGGCCAGCACACACCAUCUACGUGGAGGGGCCCUACAAGUACUCCGUGGACUUUGUGCCGGCCAUCAAGCUGACAGCCGCGCAGAGCAUCCUUGCUGCCCAGCAGAAGGCACAUUUUGGCCACACCACGCAUUGGGAUGCGAUUCCCAAACCCUUGAAGCCGCCCCAGCCCGACAACAAAUCCUUCCGGGCCUCCUACUACGCCGCCGAGCAUGAACUGCUCAAAGACAAGGGCAACCUGAAGAGUGCCGUGCGGCUGCUGAAGAAGUUCCGCGACACCAAGCAGAACCUGGGCAAUCUGAAGAGCUACUUCAUCAAGACAGUAUUCCUCUGGGAGGCCACCAAGCGGGAUCGCAGCUACUGGCAGAGUCCCCUCAAUGAGAUCUUCCUUGAGAUGAUGCACAAGCUGGCCAAUUCGCUGGCUCCGAACAAAGGCAGGAUCCUAUUCUUCUGGCACCCCAAACUGAAUAUGAUUGCCGACCUGAGCUGCAACCAACGCGCGGAAAUGUUCAACUGUGUGUCGAAGGGCGAGUACCGUUUCCACAGGGCCGCCGGCAACCUCACGGAUGACAUCAAGGAAAACAUGCACAGCUCCUUCAGUAACCGCGAGGAACGGGGCAUAGAGAAAAAGCCUGCCCAUCCGAAGCCCAAACUCAGUUCCGAGGUGUGCGAGAAGAAAACUGUGGAGACUCAGACCGAGUGCAAACCUAAACCGAACGCUUCUACAAUAGCCAAUCUCCAGAUGGAUGCCAAAAAUUUCCCUUCGUUGCCAAAAUCAAAGGCUGCCCCCCCUUCCGCAGAAGGUGUGGAACCCGAACCACAACCUAAAGAAAACUGUGGAAGAGGAAAGUCAAGUGAGAAGGGAAUUGUAAUGCCCAAUCCCCAGUUGGCUGUCAAAAGGAACGCAAGCGAAACCAAGCCGAAGGCAAAUGGAUCCCAGUCGGACACUGCAACCAACUCGAAGCUGAAGCCAUCGUCCUGCGACUUGGGCUAGACAUGGAAGUGGAGGAGGAGGAGCAGUGCGA